AUGCUCAACCAAAUCACAUUUUUCAACAACUACACGACCACAGACUACAUCCGGUUCCUCAUCAUUGUGGCCGGCUACAUUCUUCUGCGACCGCGGAUCAUGGGAAUGGUGAAGAACUACCAGACCAAGCAGAUGAUCAAGCGGGAGCGAGAAGAGCUGGAGAAGACGCGAGCUGCCCGAGCCAAGGGCGAGCUCGAGGAACCUGAAGAUGAGAAGGUGGCCUCCAGUAUCGCCUCUGGAUCCGGAUCUGGCUGGGGAACCGCUGCUCGAUCCCGAGCCAACAAGCAGAAGAAGGUGCUCCAGUCUGCCAUCGACAAGCAGGAGGAGAUGGAGCUGGUCAACGAGAGUGACGAGGAGAUUGCCGAUUUGUUGGUUCCCGAGGAGGAAGCCCACAUUUUCGACAAGAAGGAGUAA